UCAUCACCGGGAUCCUGUGUGCUUCCUUCCUGGGGCUGGGAUCGAGUGUCGCCAUCCUGGGUCCCACGUUUCAAGAUUUGGCAGCAAAUGUAAACCGUAAUAUCAGCAGCCUUUCUCUGAUUUUUGUGGGCCGUGCGACGGGAUAUUUGAGUGGCUCUGUGAUUGGUGGAGUUCUUUUUGACAGUAUGAAUCCUUCUCUCCUUUUGGGGCUGUCAAUGUUGGCUACCACAGUCGGUCUUUAUCUUGUUCCAUUUUGUAAGACUGCGGUAUUACUGAUUGUCAUGAUGUCCGUCUUUGGUGUUUCCAUUGGUAUUCUGGAUACAGGUGGUAACGUCUUGAUCUUGGCUAUUUGGGGGGACAAAGGAGCCCCACAUAUGCAGGCCUUACACUUCAGUUUUGCCGUGGGUGCCUUUUUGGCUCCACUGCUGGCUAAAUUGGCAUUGGGCGCGACGGUGUCUGCUGGGAACCACACCGAGGCUGGCUUUAACCAUUCUGCCCUCGACCUGUCACCUGAAGCUGGCUCAGAACCUCUGUUCGGAGUCCCUGACAAUAUGAAUCUCCUGUGGGCUUAUGCCGUUAUUGCUACGUACAUAUUUGUAGUGUCUAUCUUUCUUUUUGCUCUGUUUUUCAAAAAAAGCUCACAGCACGAAAAAGCAAAAGCAUCUGCUCAGAGGUCUCGAAGAGCCAAAUAUCACAACGCACUUCUCUGUCUCCUUUUCCUGUUUUUCUUUUUUUAUGUCGGAGCUGAAGUGACGUAUGGCUCUUACGUUUUCUCAUUUGCAACCACUCAUGCCGGCAUGGCCGAAAGUGAGGCGGCUGGGUUGAACUCCAUCUUCUGGGGGACCUUUGCAACCUUCAGGGGCCUGGCAAUCUUUUUUGCUACAUGUUUACAACCUGGGACCAUGAUUGUGUUGAGCAACAUUGGCAGCCUGCUGUCGUCAUUAUUUCUGGUGCUUUUUGACAAGAGCCCGACUUGUCUGUGGAUAGCGACGUCAGUGUAUGGCGCCUCAAUGGCAACCACGUUUCCCAGCGGUGUUUCUUGGAUUGAGCAGUACACGACCAUCCAUGGGAAAGCGGCAGCGUUUUUUGUAAUUGGUGCUGCCCUGGGAGAAAUGGCUAUUCCUGCCGUCAUUGGGAUUCUUCAAGGAACAUAUCCCGAUUUGCCUGUUGUUUUGUAUACCUCUUUGGGGUCAGCAAUAGCCACUGCUGUUUUAUUUCCUGUGAUGUAUAAAUUAGCCACCUCACCUCUCAAUCGUCAGCAAAAAGAACACAGAAAGAGUGAGGACCAGCAGUCGUUGCUCUCUAGCUCUGGACUAAAUGACCACGAGGAAGAGAAUGAAGAAGAUGAUGCAGAAAGAUGGAACAAAAUGGAUUUUGAAGUGAUUGAAAUGAAUGAUACCAUGAGGGAUUCUGUAAUAGAGACAUCUGGAAAUAUUGUGACGGAGUCCAUAGCAGAAGUCUCCCACCAGUUCCACUCAAAUGCAUAAGUGUGUGAGUUCUCGCCAGUUAAUACUGGCAAAUGCCCUGUGAAUCACCUUGCAAGAAACCAGGACAAGAGGGACUAACACAUAGAGGGGAUGGAUUAUUUACGAACUUUCUUAAAUAAUUGCCAGUUCUCUCAAGAGGCCAGUUGGAGCAGAGCAUGAGCAGAUUUUCAACAUGCUUUGGGGAUCAAAAUGCCUGUGUCAGUGUGCAGCAAAUGCUGCAAAGUUUUGAUAUGUUCUGUAAAUCCCAGAGUCUUCCAUAAAGAACCACUGGUCUCAGCAGGAUCUUGUCAGGCUAGUGUUUGGCCUGUGGCUCGUUAGGUAAUAUUUUAUGGUCUCCAGCUCUCAGAGCAUGCAAUGAAGGCAUUUGUUUUUGAGAAGUUGGGUGGUGUUUUCAUAGAGUGAAGCCAUCUAGUUGAAUUGAUUAGUUGAACAAAUUAUCAGCCAUCAGUAUCGUACCAGGAAAGCUAAAGAGAGUUGUUUCAUAAAAUAGCCUCUUUGAAAAUGGACAGAGAUUGUUAUUGUUUUAGCCUAUCUGUAGUGUUGGGCCAAAGAACGCUAAUGCCUCAUUGGAUGUCUGAAUUCUGAGAAGAGAGCACAGAACUGGGCCCCAGAGACCUGGCUUCAAGCCUUGGCGGCUGCUCACUAGCCCUACGGCCUGGACUCUGUCGCUUAACUUACCUAGGCCUCAUGUAUCUCAUCUCUCGAUCUCUGAUUCUGUAAGUGAAACUGAGACGACUUUCAAACUAGGAAUCCCUACGUUUUAAAGUUUGUGUAAGAUGUCUGCUAGAAAUUAAUGCAAGUGCCACCCCUUUCUUCAUUUCAAAUGAGAAGUGAAACAAAAUUGAUAGCUUCAAGAAUGUGCUACAGACUAUGAAUACAUGUCAAUUUUAAGAGACUCGGUGUUUAAUGCUUUGAAUAAUUAUCUAGAGAAUACAUUUUAAAUGUAUUUCAUCGAUUCUAAGAUAACCUUUUUUUCACAUUUUUAACAUCGCUGAAAUCAGAAUAUGUCUUAAAAUCAAUGAUUAUUUAACAUUGUGACAAAUUGAAUUGACAGUUUUUUCCAUAUGCAUAUAUAAGUGUUGCGUUUUACAACCAGUGUCUUCGAUCCCGUGGAAUAUGCAAUUCAUUCAAUUAUGGAGAUUAUUUUUAACCAUUUUAAAAAGAAAGAUUAUUUUUCUAUGCGACUUUUUUCUAUGUUAAAAUGAGGUUUGGAAAUGCUGUGUUCCGAUCGGGGUCUCUGGAGGGCCUUUGCCUACCUCAGCAACAGUCUGGACCUGAGGCUUGCUGGUCCAGGUUCGCUCCUCCUUGAGUCUGAUAGGUAAUCGCAUUGUGAGCACUGUGAACCGGCCGCUAGUUCCACUGGCAGGCAGGCACAGCUCCCCGUGGUUGGGAUACUUGUAUCCCCUCUCCAGGGCUCGCUCUUCCUGAGUUUGAAAUACUUAGGAAAUCAAAGUAAUGAUGAGAAAGUGGCUUGGUGGCCUAGGAGUUAAGGAUCACAGGGUACUUCAUAUGCAGAGUGUGGCAAAGCUGGUGCGGGCCAUCCUUUGAAAAAUUACUGGCAUUGAAGACAGAUUUUGUUCACUUCUCUUUACUCAGUUUUAUGCUGAAUAACAUAAUAAUUUCUACCUGAUUGCAGUAUGUCUGCUUUCUCUUAAGUAUAUAAAUUUGCCUUUGCUUUUUUCUUAAGUGAAUUACAGUGCUUUUCUUGACCACUGCCCGUUCACCUUAUCUACCUGCCAAUAUAUUAGUUUAUAGUAAUAAUCUAACAAUUUUGGGGAGGGCUGGUGGAGAAAUGAAGAGUGAAAACCCAUGCUUCUUGCUCUUUUUACACUGCACUUUUCUCUUAGCUGGAACUUGGAGAUAACCUCUGCUCUAUUUAUUGCCCUUCCUUGGGUUGUUGGAAUUUAGACAGUAGAAGAUGCAGCUCAGGGAGAGAAGGAAGAUAGUAAGAACAUAGCAGAAAAUUUAGAAAUCCACACUGGAAAAUUCACUAGAGUUGCACAAACCAAAAUGUGAAUGGCCAUAUGAGGUUAUAGGCAUUGUUAAAGUUUGAUAAUGUAUUUCCAUAUUGGAAGAAUAAGACUUAGUACAAUUCCAAGAAUUAGCAUUCAUCUUAAUAAUCAGUUCUUUUCUUUUUUUUAAAUCCUCACCUGAGGGUAUUUUUCCAUUGAUUUUUAGAGAGAGUG